AUGGCGAUUAUCCCGGGAAUCCCAGGCAUCUCCCAGGGCCUCUGGCAGCUGCUCUGGGCUGAGUCACCCCACAACCAGGACGGCCCCGAGCACCAAGCUGCUCUUCAAAGGGCCACCACGCUCUCCAUGGAGACUGGCAGCUCUUUCCAACAGCUUGGCAAGCAGCAGCCCCUCGAGCCCCCCAAGCAGCAGCUCCUGGGCUAUGGCAAGUGCAGCACCACGGGCAGUGAUCCUGGCAAAGAGCCUGGGAAAGCUGCUGGGUGCAGUGGAAGCAGUGGGAUCGGGAAGGGGCCAGUGCCAAUGGUCUGCAGCACUCCGUGUGGGAACCCCUAUGCAGGGCUGGUGAGCCACCUGCGGGCAUCCUGGCUCUCUGGGAAGACUCGGCCCAUGGAAUAUCGUGUGGCACAGCUGGAGGCUCUGGGACGCUUCCUGGAUGACAAGAAGCAGGAGAUUCUGGAAGCCACUGAAUUGGAUAUGGGCAAGCCAUCCUUUGAGGCUUUCUUCAGCGAGAUCCUCCUCUGCAAGAAUGAGCUCAAUGUCACCCUCAACAACCUGUGCAGCUGGAUGAAGGAUGAGCACGUGGACAAGAACCUGGUGAUGCAGCUGGACUCUGCCUUCAUCCGCAAGGACCCCUAUGGGGUGGUGCUCAUCAUAGCGCCCUGGAACUACCCCAUCCACCUCUUCCUGGUGCCCCUCAUUGGGGCCAUCGCUGCUGGGAACUGUGCCAUCAUCAAACCCUCAGAGAUCUCCAAGAACACAGAGAGACUCGUUGCUGAAACGCUGAGUUGUUACCUGGACAGUGACUGCUUUGCUGUGGUGACCGGUGGCGUGCCAGAGACCACCAGGCUGCUGGAGAACAAGUUUGACUACAUCUUCUUCACUGGCAGCCCCCCGGUGGGGCGGAUCGUGAUGACAGCUGCUGCCAAGCACCUGACACCGGUGACACUGGAGCUGGGGGGCAAGAACCCCUGCUACGUGUCUGACACCUGUGAUGUGACCAACGUGGCGCGGCGCGUGGCCUGGGGCCGCUUCUUCAACGCGGGGCAGACCUGCAUCGCGCCUGACUACCUGCUCUGCACCUUGGAGAUGCAGGAGAAGCUCAUGCCCGCCCUGCGUGAGGCCAUCACAGAGUUUUUCGGCCCCAACCCCCGGGAAUCCCCGGAUUUUGGCCGCAUUGUGAGUGACAAGCAGUUCCAGCGCCUGCGGGCGCUGCUGGGCAGCGGGCGCGUGGCCAUCGGGGGACAGACGGACGAGGCCGAGCGCUACAUCGCUCCCACUGUGCUGGCAGAUGUGCUGCCCUCAGACCCUGCCAUGCAGGAGGAGGUCUUUGGGCCCAUCCUGCCCAUCGUCGUCAUCGCCAACAUGGAUGAAGCCAUUGACUUCAUCAACGCACGGCCACGGCCAUUGGCCCUCUACGCCUUCUCCUGCGACAGCAAGAUCGUGAACCAGGUCCUGGAGCGGACGAGCAGUGGAGGCUUCUGUGGCAACGACACCCUGAUGCAUGUGACACUGACCUCGCUGCCCUUUGGAGGUGUUGGGAACAGUGGCCUGGGAAAAUACCAUGGGAAGUUCACCUUUGACACCUUCUCCCUCCACCGUGGCUGCCUGCACCGGAACAUGGGGCUGGAGACGCUCAACACCCCGCGCUACCCGCCCUACACCCAGCAGAAGUUGGGACUCCUCACGACCACCUUCGAGGUGAAGCGCAGGGGCACCUGCACCCUGCUCUGAGGCUGCCAUGCCCUGCUCUGGAGAUGCCACGGAGUCAGCGGGAAGAACUGGAACUGUCCCACUCUCCCUCUUCAUCGCACUCCCCACUUCCUCACUGUGUCCUUUGCCUCGCUGGAGCAUGUCAGACAGCCAGGAUGGACAUCCUCUCCUGCACCCUUUGUGGCCUCUGCUCCAAACCAUUUUCCAGGACACAGAUGAAAUGACCAAAAUCUUUUUCUUAGUCCAAACUUCUCUUUCUGCUGGAGAAGCGCUCCCAUCAGUCCCAUCUCCCCUCACACGGACUUUUCCUUUGGAAUGAACCUCUGUCCCUCCUCGCUGUUGCUCUUUGCUCCGUGUAACUCUGCCUGUAGUAAAGACUUUGCAUCAA